GGGUAGCUGGCUUUGGGCUCAGGACGGGGACACUCGUGUAAGUCAGCGAGGGAGCCUUGAUCUGGCCUGUCUUCCCCUCCUGGCGGCGUAAGGAGAGACGGUCGGGGCUGCUCCGCAGAGCUCUCACAGCUGUGGGGUAAGCAAAGGUUGCCUCUGACAUCCUUUGGCGAGGAGAUAACUCCACCAUGGCUUCCUGGCUCUGUGAGCCUCCAUAUUUUGUGUAACGACUCCGUGGUGAAGGCACAGAAAUCAGGGAGUAUAAACGUUUGUUCCACAGUUGCGAGCAAUGGCUCCCUUCUUACGGAUAUCUUUCAACUCAUUUGAGCUGGGACCUAUGCAGAAUGAAGGGGAGCAGCUGCAGCCCUUCUGCGCUAUAAAGAUGAAAGAAGCCUUGACAACAGAGAGAGGAAAAACUUUGGUCCAGAAGAAGCCCACCAUGUACCCAGAAUGGAAAUCUUCCUUUGAUGCCCACAUCUAUGAAGGGCGUGUCAUUCAAAUUGUUCUCAUGAAGGCAGCAGAAGACCCACUGUCUGAGGUUACUGUAGGGGUAUCAGUCUUGGCAGAGAGGUGCAAGAAGGGGAAUGGCAAAGCAGAGUUCUGGCUUGACUUGCAACCUCAAGGGAAGGUAUUGAUGGCUGUGCAAUAUCUUCUAGAAGAUACAGAUUGCAAGCAGUCAAUGAGGGAAAAUGAGGGGAUUGUGACUAUCAAUAGGAGAGGAGCUAUCAAGCAAGCCAAAAUCCAUUACAUCAAAAAUCAUGAGUUUAUUGCUACCUUCUUUGGACAGCCCACAUUUUGCUCUGUCUGUAAAGACUUCGUCUGGGGACUUAACAAGCAGGGAUACAAAUGUAGACAAUGCAAUGCUGCUAUUCAUAAGAAAUGUAUUGAUAAAAUCAUUGGGAGAUGUACUGGUACUGCAGCCAACAGCAGAGACACAAUGUUUCAGAAGGAGCGGUUCAACAUUGAUAUGCCUCAUCGAUUUAAAGUUUACAACUACAUGAGUCCCACCUUUUGUGAUCACUGCGGCAGUCUUCUCUGGGGAUUAGUUAAACAAGGAUUAAAGUGCGAAGAGUGUGGGAUGAAUGUGCACCACAAAUGUCAAAAGAAAGUGGCAAAUCUAUGUGGAAUCAACCAGAAACUAUUGGCAGAAGCUUUAAAUCAAGUUAGCCAGAAAUCGACCAGAAAAUCUGAUUCUGGGUCACUAGAAAAUGUUGGUAUUUACCAGGAUUUUGAUAAGAAAUCUAAAGCUUUGGGUGGAGAUACAACAGCAGAUAACAGCGAGUAUGAUAAGCUCUGGGAGGGAAGUACACCAAUACCAGCUUCACGAACCAGGAGAAAAUUCACCAUAGACAGCUUUGUCUUUCACAAAGUACUAGGGAAAGGAAGCUUUGGAAAGGUUCUUCUUGCUGAACUGAAAGGGAAGAAUGAAUUCUUUGCUAUUAAAGCUCUGAAAAAGGAUGUGGUGCUAAUCGAUGAUGACGUGGAAUGUACCAUGGUGGAAAAGCGGGUCCUAGCUCUUGCAUGGGAAAACCCAUUCCUUACUCACCUCUACUGCACAUUUCAAACUAAGGAUCAUCUGUUUUUUGUUAUGGAGUUCUUGAAUGGAGGAGACCUGAUGUUCCACAUACAGGAUAAGGGGCGCUUUGAUCUCUAUAGAGCAACGUUUUAUGGAGCUGAAAUAGUAUGCGGUUUACAAUUUCUUCACAGCAAAGGCAUUAUUUAUAGAGACCUCAAACUGGACAAUGUGAUGCUUGAUAAAGAAGGCCACAUCAAAAUAGCUGACUUCGGGAUGUGCAAAGAGAAUGUGGGUGGAGAGAACAGAGCAAGCACUUUCUGUGGUACCCCAGACUACAUAGCACCUGAGAUUCUUCAGGGCUUGAAGUACACAUUUUCUGUGGAUUGGUGGUCAUUUGGAGUCUUGCUGUAUGAGAUGCUUAUUGGACAAUCUCCUUUCCAUGGUGAUGAUGAGGAUGAGUUGUUCGAGUCAAUCCGAGUGGACACGCCUCACUACCCACGGUGGAUUACCAAGGAAUCGAAGGACUUAUUGGAGAAGCUCUUUGAAAGGGAUCCAACAAAAAGACUAGGAAUUACUGGGAACAUCAAGGAGCAUUCUUUCUUCAAAACCAUCAACUGGACAGCACUAGAGAAGAGAGAGGUAGAGCCCCCUUUCAAACCAAAAGUGAAAUCAGCAAGUGACUACAACAACUUUGACCGAGAGUUUCUGAGUGAGAAGGCACGGUUAUCUUACAGUGACAAAAACUUGAUUGAAUCUAUGGAUCAGUCUGCAUUUGCUGGAUUCUCUUUUAUUAACCCUAAGUUUGAACAGAUCCUGGCUAAAUAGUCUCUGAACAUUUGGAGUUAAAUAUUGUAAACAGAGGCUUCCAAACGCUCAAUGACAUGUGGUCCAACAAUGUUGUCUCUAUACCUUUCCUUCAAAAUAAUAUACAGUAGCAUGAAAAAUUUCUUACUGCUGAUUAACUGGCAGUGGUUUUUUGCAUGGUCAGGUUUGAGAUAUUAAGAAUCAUGUGCAUUAAUUGGGAAAAUGUAAAUUGCGUGUUUGGUUACUUAAAUGUAAUUAUGUAUAUGCUGUAUAUUUUGCUCUGGAAACAAGAGACAUUAGAAAAGAUUGUCAUUUUUUAAAUAUGGUUGAUGCCCUUUUAUUCAUCUUCAGUUAAAUAAUUUGAAGUUAUAUUAAACUUCUUAUGAUUUUAGCAACUACACUUUUUUCUCCAAAAUGACUCUCAUUUACUCUCAAUCUAUUGUAAAAGGUAAAUUGAGAUUAUAGAAAUGUUCCUGAUUUAAAAAGC